AAGUGACUCUACCAGUCCGACUGGCCCCUUUCUCUCCGUGUUUGCACCUGUGAAUCAUGAAUCAGGAGGAAGCACUCCUCAGGUUUAGAUUUCAAGACACGUCGGCGUAGAUUUUAGGGAGGAGGAGUGGGAGGAAGAGGAGAAGGCGGAGGAGGAGGGUUGAAUGGAUCAGCACUCGCACAUCAUCCCUCUCUUCGACCGUGUCUGCGGUCAUUUGGCCGCUGGUGACCCCCGGACACGCAGACCAAUGUCAGGCCGCAGGGUUGGCUUCUGUCUCAGCGAUAAGAAACGCAGGAGAAUGAAUCUGGACGCCUUUGCAGACUUCUGUGCGUCACAUGGAGUGGAGGUGGUGGAGAUUGACCUCGCCCAGCCGCUGGCACCUCAGGGACCCUUUGACGCCAUUGUUCACAAGCUGUCUGAUGUCAUCGUGGAGGCGGAGCACGACAGCCAAUCACAGCAGCUGCUUGCCAACUUUGAGACUUAUGUGUCAACUCAUCCCAGUACAGUUCUUCUGGACCCUCUGCCUGCAAUGACCCGACUACUAGACCGCUUCGCCUCUUACAGGAUCAUGAGCAAGUUGCACAACUCACUCCGAGACUGGCGUAUCUGCAGUCCUCCUUACCUAGAGGUCCACAGAGCCAGUGACCUGCCAUCCAUUCAGCAGGCUGUGAUGGCCCAGGGUCUAAGUUUUCCUCUCAUUUGCAAAACUAGAGUGGCACAUGGCUCACUUUCCCAUGAGAUGUCUCUGAUCUUCAGUGCAGGCAGCCUGGCUGAUAUCCAUCCUCCCUGUGUGCUGCAGAGCUUCGUCAACCACGGAGCUGUUCUACACAAGGUCUUUGUGGUAGGAGACAAACACUUCUGUGUAGAGAGGCCCUCACUCAAGAACUUCCCCUCCGGUCCCUGUGACAGGAAAACCAUCUUCUUCAACAGCCACCAGGUGUCCAAGCCAGAGUCGAGCUCUGAUCUCACAGCUCUGGACGAGCAGAUGCCGUGCCUCCCUCCUCCCAGCUCCCAGGCCGUGGACGCCCUGGUCCGGGAGCUCCGAGUUCAGCUGGGCAUGGCGCUGUUCGGCGUGGACGUCAUCAUCAACAUACACACACACACCCUCACCGUCAUCGACAUCAACAUCUUUCCAGGAUACGAGGGAGUGCCCCAGUUUUUCUCUUCUCUGCUCAAUCACAUCGAGUCAGUGUUGGACAAACAGACGUCAACUACCAGCUCUCUGAAGACGACUACAGGUGGUCCACCUGCUGGCCUUUAA